GUUUACUCAGUCGAGUGUAUCCAACACAUUAGAAAGUUAAAAGUUUUUUUGACAUCCGGAUAUUUGGGAAAUUCCAAAAAGUAAAUUCCACUUCAACCCCCUCCAGGCAAGGUAAUAUGAAUCUUAUUCACCUGGGCUGAAAGAAUCAUGAAAGAUACAGGACUAAGAAUGUUAUAUUUUCUUAAUUUUUGCAGUAUGGUUGUUAUUUCAUACCUCUGUCCAACAGAGCCUUACACAGACGAAUGUGGAAACUUUGGAAUUCUAUGGAACUGUAGUGGACUUAAUACAGACAGACUCCCCGAAAAAAUACCACAAAAGUUACGAAACCGCUAUGUGACUUUGGAUUUGUCAUUUAAUAGAUUUUCUACUUUAACAGAAAAGACGUUUGAAAAUCUCAUUCGGUUUUCAGUUGUGUCAUCCAUAAUCAUUAAUCAUAACAAAAUUACAAACAUCGAAAAUAAGACCUUCCAUAGACUUUCUGGUUUAUGCAGUCUAGAUCUUUCUAGUUGUGAGCUUGAUAAAAAGGGAAUAGAAGUUGAAGCUUUCUCCUGUAUACACAACCUGAAGUACCUUCGAAUUGAUCAGAAUAAUUUCCAGUCAGAUGGUUACCCGGAUGUUGCCCUUUCUGCAUUUCAGUCUCUGUCGAGUCUUUAUAUCGACAUUUUCAACGGAUUUUCAUUUACAGCACCAUUUGAAAACUUAGCAAACUUAUCUGAAUUAAAGUUUCAUAUUGUAAAUGACUUUAGUUUAACAAAUACUUCCUUUUUAGGACUACGGCGCUCCAAAAUUCAUGUCCUUGAUUUGUUGUUUAAAAAACACGUAUUUUGUGAUGUCACUGAAGAUCUGUUUUGUUCCUUUCCAUAUCUAACAGAAGAGGUUACGAUUAACUUUGGUGGGAAAUGUGACAUUACUCCGGCCUUGCGCUCUCUAAAAUGUUUCCAGCAUCGCAAUAUUGGUAAAAUUUUUAUGGAUGACAACACUAAAGAUGUUGAAACCGGUAUCAUAGUUUUAGAUGAUUGGUUGUCAGAAUAUCUUAUCAAUGUCUGUGCCAGGACUUAAUCUUUGGUAGGCAAUGGCAUUAACUAUAUCAAUUUUCAUAUUGACAAUACAACUUUAUUGAAUUGCCUACAGUAUAUAGAUUUAAGCAAUAAUAAUUUACAUAAGGUGGAUAUGUCAUACUUCUUUACUGUGUUAUCAGCGCCAAACAUUAAGAAUAUAAAUGUGUGUUGCAAUAAUCCACAAAUCAUGGAAAACCAGUUGAGUAUCUAUCAAAUAAAUAGAUCAAUGGUCUAUAUAAAUAUAACACUGUCGAAAAAUCUGGAACUUCUUGACAUUUCGAAAAAUUAUAUACAUAACGUAAAAAGAUGGACAUCUAGUUUCAAACUUAUCGGUGAAAGAUUACAAGAAUUGUUCAUUCAAGAAACAAUUUUCUUCCUGGCAUACAUCGACCAAUUUAUUUUGCCAUCAUUAAAAACUCUUGAUAUAUCGGGUAAUAAGUUUGAAAAAGUACACUCAGAUUUAUUUCAGCAUUCUCGAGGAAUUCAGAACUUAUAUGCAAUUGGAACGAAUCUAGAUUUCACAGAAAAAUCAAAUUUGAAAAAUAUAUUUAGAAAUCUAAAAAGUCUAUCUACAAUCGAUUUUUCAAGAAACAAAUUAGAUUAUUUUCCUCUCUCUCUUUUGAAAGACCAGCAUCAUUCUUUAAUAAGAAUAAACCUAGACAAUAACAAAUUUUCUAACAUUCCUGACACCUUCAAAUAUAUAUAGAAUUUGAAAUAUCUGUUUUUGCGAUACAAUUUGAUAUCUAGGUUCUCAAAUAAUGAUCAAAAUAUCAUUGAAACAUUUAGUUCAAUAUCAAUUUACAUAGAAGGAAAUCCAAUCUCUUGUACCUGUUUAGCUAUUCAGUCUUUGCGAUGGAUGAGAAGUCACAAACAUGUUUUUUCUGAUAUUAAUAAAACGUUCUGCGCAGGGGAUCGAGUGCCUAUCAACCACUUAUUUUAUAAUGAACAAAUCUGGAGAAAAUUUGAUAAAGAAUGCCAAACUAGACAAUGGCUUAUUUUCUCUGUGGUGUUGAUUUUGAUUACUUUGUGUGUUCUUCUGAUAGUAGCCGCUUUACGAAGAUACCGUAUACAUGUAGAAUAUGUUAUACUGCGACUUAAAAACAGGUGGAAAGGUGGAAGACAACUACAUUUAUGAUGUAUUUGUGUCUUAUUCAGAAGAAGACGCCCUGUGGGUUUUUUAUAAUUUGCACCAAAAAUUAAAAAGUUUGGGCAUGAAGGUGUGGCUCAAGGAUAAAGAUUCAACUCCAGGAAAAUGGGAGGCAGAAGAAAUAGUGAAAUGUAUCAAUGAAAGUAGAAAAGUAUUUUUCGUGAUCACUGAAUAUUUUCUGGAGAGUGGUUGGGCCUCAUACGCCGUCCAGAUGGCGGUUACUCACGCCUUCCAUAACCAGCGUCAGAGUUCCAUUGUUGUCAUCAUCAAAGACGAUAUACCGUUAGAGAGACUCCCGAACGCUAUCAAAAACAUAUGGUGGUGUAUCGAAUAUUUAAGGUGGUCAACAGAAGAUGAA